UUUACAAAAUCCUCUUAUAAAUACUUUAUUUGUUACAAAAAGUAGAAGUAGUGUGGACUUAAUUAGAACAAAACAACAUCACUUGGAGCGUGAACGUUCAUUGCUUGGUGUUAUUUUAUUUAAUUUACUUUUUGUGAAUAAAUAGGCCAUAAUUAAAUUAAAUCUUUCAAAACAUAGUACAAUUAUUAAAAUGGAUUUACUACAAAGAAAUGAAACUUUAAGAGACAACAGUGUUUGGAAUUUCAAUGGGAAAGUGGAUUACAUAGACCAAUGGUUUUUGAUGAAAACACCUCUACCACUGGUUUUCGUGACAGCUUCCUAUCUUAGUUUCGUAUUAAAAGUUGGACCAAAAUUGAUGGAAUCAAAAAAACCUUUCAAGUUGACAACACUUAUAACGAUCUACAAUAUUCUACAAGUGGCUUAUUCUUGUGCUCUGUUAUACAUUGGUUACAAUUUGAUAUCGACCUACGGGCUGCUGAGUUCGUCUUGUCUCAUGGAAGCAGAAGACUCAAAGUGGAAUGUUACAACGGGCAUUUAUUACUACUUCUUCGCCAAAGUUACUGAAUUAUUGGACACAGUUUUCUUCGUUCUUCGUAAGAAAUAUAAUCAAGUGACGUUUUUACAUAUCUAUCACCAUACUCUCAUGAUGUGGGCAACUUGGAUAUCGUUGAAGUACGAACCUUCCUACGGCACCAUAUUCCUCGGAACAUUGAAUUCAUUUGUUCACAUCAUCAUGUAUUCGUACUACGCUUUGUCAGCGUUUCCGGAGCUGUCAAAAUAUUUGUGGUGGAAGAAAUACAUUACUAUGAUGCAGUUGAUCCAAUUCUUAUGUAUUAUUGUCCAAGCGGGUGCGAGUCAAUUCUUCUCCGGCUGUCCUCCCUCUUACACCUUGUUAACGACGAUCAUGUUUAACGCUGCAUUGUUCAUAUAUUUAUUCGGUAAAUUCUACAUCAACUCGUAUCGUAAAACACAGAAAUCAAAUAUAAAGAAGACUUCGUCAGGAAAUUGCGUUAUGCCAAUAAAUACAAAAGUAGAUUAAUUAAUUUUAUUGAUACUAGUAUAAGCAAAAUUUUAAUUUACACUGAAUUUAUUUUAUUUAAUAAAACAUUUUAUUUUAUUAUUUUGCAUAUUUUGAUUUCUUGACUGUCACUGAAUUUUUGAUGUUAUGGUUGAGAUUUGUAUAAAUUGCUGACAUUACAGAUAUCGCUUGUUUGUAAUUUACCUAGGUAAAUUGUAAACGAGAACUGGAUAUCGAAUCCUUAAUUCUCUAACUGUUUAAUGAUCAUGUUAGGCAUUAAUAUCAUCGAUAGUCCCACCUAUGCGCAGUUAUCUAUACUAUUAUAAUAAAGCGUAAACACACACUUCUUUGUUGCCUAAGA